AUGCUCGGGCCCCAGCUGCUGCUGCUCCUCUCCUGCGGGGGUGCCCUGCUCAGCGCCGGUCUGGACGACAGCUCCUUGGUGCCCCCAGGCCUCCGGAGGCUGAAGGACUCCCCGCAGACAGCUCCAGACAGGGGCUGGUGCUCCACGUGGGGGCCCGGUCACUUCACCACCUUCGACGGCCACACAUAUGACUUCUCGGGGACCUGCAACUACAUCUUUGCGGCCAUGUGCAAGGAUGCCUCAUCCACCUUCGGCGUGCAGCUACGGCGAGGGCCGAGCGGGAACAUCUCCCGGGUCAUCGUGGAGCUGGGGGCCUCUGUGGUCACUGUGCAGAAGGCGGUCAUCUCCGUCAAGGACGUGGGGGUCGUCAGCCUGCCCUACACCAGCAACGGGCUCCAGAUCACACCCUUCGGCCAGAGCGUGCGGCUGGUGGCCAAGCAGCUGGAGUUGGAGCUGGUGGUCAUGUGGGGUCCAGGCGCCCACCUCAUGGUCCUGGUGGAGAAGAAGCACAUGGGCAAGAUGUGUGGGCUGUGUGGGAACUUCGACGGCGAGAAGGCCAAUGAGUUUCUGAGCGAGGACGGGCAACUCCUGGAACCCCCUAAGUACGCCGCCCUCCAGAAGCUGGAUGACCCCAACGAGAUCUGUGCCUAUGAGGCCAUCCCCAGCCCCCGGGUCCCGCAGGCAGAGAACGCCCAGACCUGCAUCCAGUUGCUGACCCUGGUGUCCCGCGAGUGCAACGUGCCCAAGGAGCCCUUCCUGCUGAGCUGCCAGGCGGACAUGGCCACGUGUGCCCAGCCCGGCCGGCACCACUGCAGCUGUGCCACGCUAUCCGAGUACUCGCGCCAGUGCAGCAUGGCCGGCCAGCCCGUCAACAGCUGGCGGGGCCCUGGCCUCUGUUCUGUGGGCCAGUGCCCAGCCAACCAGGUGUACCGGGAGUGCGGCAAGACCUGUGUGCAGACCUGCUCCAACCCGCGGCACAGCUGCUCCAGCUUCUGCACCUUCGGCUGCUUCUGCCCGGAAGGUAUGGUUCUGGACGACAUCUCCAAAAACCACAGCUGCGUGCCUGUCCCCCAGUGCCCCUGCAUGCUCAGCGGAGUAGUCUUCGCCCCUGGGGAGGUCACGACAGCCGCCUGCCAGACCUGCCGGUGCUCUGGGGGCCGCUGGGAGUGCGUGGAGCAGCCCUGCCCCAGGCGCUGUGCCCUGGAGGGCGGCUCCUUCGUCACCACAUUCGAUGCCAGGCCCUACCGCUUCCACGGCACCUGCACCUACAUCCUCCUCCAGAGCCCCCAGCUCCCCGACGGGGGCUCGCUCAUGGCCGUGUACGACAAGUCUGGGUACUCGCACUCGGAGACAUCGCUGGUCGCUGUCAUCUACGUGUCCAGCCAGGACAAAAUUGUGAUUUCUCAGGACGAGGUGAUCACCAACAACGGGGACACCAAGUGGCUGCCGUAUGAGACUCGCAACAUCACGGUCUUCAGGCAGACAUCCACCCACUUGCAAAUGGUCACCACCUUCGGGCUGGAGCUCGUGAUCCAGCUGUGGCCGUUGUUCCAGGUGUACAUCACUGUUGGGCCCCAGUUCAGAGGCCAGACCAGAGGGCUCUGCGGCAACUUCAACGGGGACACGACGGACGACUUCACGACCAGCAUGGGCAUCACCGAGGGCACCGCCUCGCUCUUUGUGGACUCCUGGCGGGCAGGGAACUGCCCAGCCGCGCGCGAGCGUGAGACCGACCCCUGCUCCAUGAGCCAGCUCAACAAGGUGUGCGCGGAGACCCACUGCGCAGUGCUGGUGAAGAAGGGCACGGUGUUCGAAAAGUGCCAUGCCGCCGUGGACCCCAAGCCCUUCUACAAGAGGUGCGUGUACCAGGCCUGCAACUACGAGGAGACCUUCCCGCACAUCUGCGCCGCCCUGGGCGACUACGCCCUCGCGUGCACCUCACGGGGCGUCCUGCUCCAGGGCUGGAGGAGCAGCGUGGACAACUGCAGCACCCCUUGCACAGGCAACCAGACGUUCAGCUACAACAGCCAGGCCUGUGACCGCACGUGCCUGUCUCUGUCCGACCGCGAGGUCGAGUGCCACCCCAGCGCUGUGCCCGUGGACGGCUGCAACUGCCCCGAGGGCACCUACCUGAACCACAAGGCUGAGUGUGUGCGUGAGGCCCAGUGUCCCUGCCUCCUGGACAGCUCCAAGUUCAUCCUGGCCGACCAGUCCACCAUGGUCAAUGGUGUCAUCUGCUACUGCGUCAACGGGCGGCUGAGCUGCCCAGCACAGCCUCAGAUGCUCUUGGCAACCUGCUCGGCCCCCAAGACGUUCCAGUCCUGCAGCCAGUCCUCAGAGGACAAGUUCGGGGCAGCCUGCGCUCCCACCUGCCAGAUGCUAGCCACCGGCACCCCCUGUGUGCCCACCAAGUGUGAGCCUGGCUGUGUCUGUGCCAAGGGGCUCUACGAGAACGCCGGCGGACAGUGUGUGCCCCCCGAGGAGUGCCCGUGCGAGUUUGCAGGCGUCUCCUAUCCCCAGGGCGCCGAGCUCCACACGGACUGCAAGAGCUGCAACUGCUCCAGGGGGACGUGGACGUGCCGGCAGAGUGCCCGCUGCCCAUCCACCUGCACCCUCUACGGGGAGGGCCACGUGGUCACCUUCGAUGGGCAGCGCUUUGUGUUCGAUGGCAACUGCGAGUAUAUCCUGGCCACAGACAGCUGCGGUGCCAGCGACUCGCAGCCCACCUUCAAGAUCCUUACAGAGAAUGUCGUGUGUGGGAGGUCGGGCGUCACCUGCUCACGGGCCAUCAAGAUCUUCCUGGGGGGCCUGUCCAUCAUGCUGGCGGAUAGGAACUACACAGUCAGCGGGGAGGACCCCGUCGUGCACUUCCGGGUCAAGGCCAGCUCCAUGCACCUGGUGCUGGACGCCACCGUCAGCAGCACGUACAACCUGACCCUCAUCUGGAACAAGCACAUGACCGUCUUCAUCAAGAUCACCCGUGCCUCCCAGGGCGCCCUCUGCGGCUUGUGCGGCAACUACAACGGGAACAUGAAGGACGACUUCCAGACACGCAGCAAGUACCUGGCGUCCAGCGAGCUGGAGUUCGUGAACUCCUGGAAGGAGAGCCCGCUGUGCGGGGACACCACCUUCACGCAGGACCCCUGCAGCCUCAACACCUUCCGUCGCUCCUGGGCUGAGCGCAAGUGCAGCAUCAUCAACAGCCAGACGUUCGCCGCCUGCCACGGCCAGGUGUACCACCUGCCUUACUAUGAGGCCUGCGUGCGCGACACGUGUGGGUGUGACACCGGCGGGGACUGCGAGUGCCUGUGUGACGCUGUGGCCACCUACGCCAAGGCCUGCGUGGACAAGGGCGUGUGCGUGGACUGGCGGUCCCCAGACUUCUGCCCCAUCUACUGCGACUUCUACAACACCCACACGCAGGUGGGCGGCGGCAAGUACCAGUACGCCCAGGAGGCCAACUGUACAUGGCACUACCAGCCGUGCCUCUGCCCCGCGUCGCUGCGGAGCUUCCCGGGGACCAACAUCGAAGGCUGCUACAACUGCUCCCAGGACGAGUACUUCGAUCACGACAAGGGGAUGUGCUUGCCAUGCAGCUUCCACAGCACGGAAACCAGGCCCACCACAGCCGCGGCCAGCACCACAGUGACCCCCAGCACCACUGGGCUGAGCUCCACCAGACCCUUGCCAAGCUCCCCGGCCACACCUGAGGCCCCGAUCCAGACACCCAGCCUUCCGGCCACGCCAACGGCCACAGCCACAGCCCCCACCACCCAGACACAACCAACAGUCCCCUCAGGAGAUUCACCUCGAACCACCUCCACUGCCACCACACGGGCCACAUCGGUGCCGGCCACCACGGCCACUCGAAGGCCAACAGCCACGGCACCCACCGUGACCCAAGCCACAACACAGCCCACAGGAUCCUCCCACGACACAGCCACACGGUCCACAGCUCGGUCCACAGCGCGAACCACAGCAGCCCCGCCAACCCCGGCAUCAGGGACCUCCACAGUGUCGCCCGCAACAUUCUCAACACACCGCUGGACCCCUGAAAGCUCUGUCAGCCAGGAGACACAGCAGACGGACCUCCCACGGCCCCCGGAGAGCACCACAGGCCACAGCACAAUGCACACCAGUCCACGGUCAAGAGCCACCACUGCUAGGGCCGAGGCAGGCACCAGUCACACCACACACUCUGCAUCCAACCCCCUAACACACACCGCCACGGCCACACCCCCCAUGCCACACACCCCUUCCACCACUCACUCCACCCCCACCCUUUCUGUCCCCACUACCACCCACACAACAGCUCCGCCCACGGGAACACCCUUCUGGACUGCCACCACCUACCCCACCCCAUCACACCCACAGACGCUUCCCACCAACAUGUCAACAUCUGUCACCUCCUUGGUGGCUCCAACCUCUCACCGAGUCACCACGUCAACAGAGUCCCACGCUACCUCCUCCAGCCCGAAGCCAACUGGAACCACCACAUCCACAGCCCCGCCACUGACAACAACCACAACAGGUACCACCCAAGCCCAGAACUCAGUCAGCACAUACCAUGGUCCUGUCUACAUCCCAGACCACAGCCAGCAAGCCCACCUCCUCAGCUCUGUCCUCUCGGUCCACUACCUCAAAGUUCACCUCUCUCACGACCCGAGCCCCCACGCAGGGCCUCCUGUCUUCUACCCUGGGAGUGACAGCCAUCCCAAAUUCCCCAGCCACCAACCUCACCACCAGACAGCCAAGUACCACCGGGCUGCCGGCCAGCGUAUUCCUGACCGGCUCCAUCACUGCGCAUGGAAGCUCCUCCUUUCCCACUGCCGGGUCCUCUUCCACCAGGGGCCAAUCCAUCUCCUCUCUCGUCACAUCUCUACCCAGCUCUCCAGAAAGCAGGCACGCGCCUCACCCCAGGUGAUCGUCGGGGCCCGAGCUGGGACUAGCGGCCGGGGCGCCUGCACUCCAGGGUUGGCACCCACCCAGGUCUCAGUGCUGCAGGUGCCUCCGGCUCUGCUCUACCUUCCUGCCCCAGGCCUGCCUAAGCCCACCCUGUCCUCCAAGGACACCCCCUCCCCUGCACGGCACCCGUCCCCUGGAGCGGGCUCCCCUCUCACACCCCCAGCCUUCCCCCAGCAGGACUGUCCACCACUGCAGGACGGGACCUGCAGCGUGAGGGAGUUUGAGGAAGAGAUCACUUACCAGGGGUGCACGGCCAACGUGACGGUGACCCGCUGUGAGGGCGUCUGCGCCUCCUCGGCCAGCUUCAACACUGACACCAUGCGAGUGGACACCAACUGUAGCUGCUGCCGCCCCCUCAGCUCCCACGAGAAGCAGCUCGUGCUGCCCUGCCCGGACCCCAGGGUGAGGGGGCGGCAGCUGACGCUCACGCUGCAGCUAUUCAGCAGAUGCACGUGCCGCUCCCAGCGCUGCGGAGACUAG